AUGGCUACGGAGGAUGUUGGCAGCUCUCCAAAUGGGCACCAUGGAAUCACCAUUAUGGACAUCCAAAAAGAUCACCCCAAAACUUCUUCCUUCACUUUCACUCGUGCAUUUUCCCAAAAGUUAAUGGCAGAGUUGUUUGCUACAUACUUCUUGGUAUUUGCGGGUUGUGGGGUGAUCAUGGUAAACAUUGACAAGAGCCUCGUGGGUAUGCCUGGAGUCGCCAUUGUAUGGGGGGCAGCGGUUAUGGUGAUGGUUUACGCUGUGGGACAUGUAUCUGGUGCACAUAUGAACCCUGCUGUCACUAUUGCUUUCGCCUCUUGCAAAAGGUUCCCUUGGAAAGAGGUUCCCGGGUACAUGGUAGCCCAACUCCUAGCAGCAACCCUAGCAAGUGCAACUCUACGGUUAAUAUUCAGCGGGAAUCAUGUUCACUUUGUUGGAAACACCCCUCCCGGGUCUGACCUCCAAUCCUUGGUGAUGGAAAUUAUUAUUACUUUCUACCUCAUGUUUGUUAUCACUGCAGUCGCCACAGAUGACCGAGCUACCGGGCAACUAGCCGGGGUUGCCAUCGGAUCAACCAUUCUUCUUAAUGCGAUGUUCGCGGGCCCUGUAUCAGGGGCGUCAAUGAACCCCGCAAGAAGCAUAGGGCCAGCGCUAGUGUGGAACAAGUAUGAGGGGCUAUGGGUUUACAUUCUGGGACCGACAAUUGGAGCCAUAGGUGGUGCAUGGGGGUACAACUCCUUAAGGUUCACCGAUAAGUCUUUGAGUGAGGUAGCCAAGGGUGAAUCUGAACAAUGA